CCUCAUCACAGCCUCAGUGCACCACCUCUCCUCUCUCCUCUUGUGCUCUCUGCUCCUGAUCUCCAUGUCCCUCAUCACCGAUGAUCCCGACGAUUCGCCCAGGCACUGCGCCACCAAGCGCCACCACCACCACGGCGCCGGAUGCGGCCGGUUCAGCGGCACCGGGCGCCGGCGGCUCCUGAUCGCGGCGUCGUCGGCGGCGACGUCCAUCAUAGCCUUGGCCAUCAUAUUAUGGCUCACCCUCCGCCCUUCCGCCCCGCGCUUCUCUCUUCUGGCCGCUACCGCAGCAGUCGCCGGUCCCAACGCCACCGGCAUCGCGCGGCUCGACGCCGCCUUCGUGGCGCACAACCCCAACGCCCGCGCCACCGCGCUCUACGACCGCCUCCAGCUCCGAGCCUCCUACGCCGGCGGCCAGCUCUCUGCAGCCGCGGAGCCGUUCGAGCAGACGCAGGGAGACGUCGUGCUCACCGCCUUGAUGUCGUCCUCGUCGUCUGUGGCUCCUGCGGCGGCGGUGGACGUGGGAGAGACGGCGGCGGGCGGGCGGCCCACGUUGCUGCUGAGGCUGCGCGUGGAGGGGCACCUCCGGUGGAAGGUGGCCUCCUGGGUGUCCGGCAGGCGCGCCCUGGCCGCCGAGUGCGUCGCCGUCGUGGUGCUCGAGCAGUCGCAGUCGAGGGCUGUCGUCGUGCAAGGAUCCCAGUGCGCCACCACCCUCCAAUGAAUAUUUCUACGUACAAAUAUAUGUGCACCAGUUUAUUACUUAGUUAA